CCGGCUAGGAAGCGAGCGGGCGGGCCUGGGCUUCUUGGGCAGGACCGAGGCGCCUCUAGCGCCGCCGCGUUCCGCAGCGCCGGGGAGGCGCGAAGGGCGGAGCCCGUCAGGUGGUGGUGAUGGCGCUGGCCGUGCGACUGUGGCGCUGCCUCCCUUUGGGACGUGGGGCCGCCCUGGGGCCCCGGCUCCUGACCAGGACUUCGGGCUGCCGCGCGCAGCGCAGUCCCUGGCGAUUCGGCGGCUCUGAGGUGUUGGCACAUCCAGGACCUUUAAAAAGAGGCCUUUUCUUCUCAGCCUUGUCUUACUUGGGUUUUGAAACUUACCAACUCAUUUCUCAGACUGCUGUGGUUCAUGCCACAGCUAAAGUUGAAGAAGUUCUUGAACAAGCAGACUACCUGUAUGAAAGUGGAGAAACAGAGAAACUUUAUCAGUUGCUAACUCAAUACAAGGAAAGUGAAGAUGCAGAGUUACUGUGGCGUUUGGCACGGGCAUCACGUGAUAUAGCUCAGCUUAGCGGGACCUCAGAAGAGGAGAAAAAGCGAUUGGUGUAUGAAGCCCUAGAGUAUGCAAAAAAAGCACUAGAAAAAAAUGAAUCAAGUUUUGCAGCUCAUAAGUGGUAUGCCAUCUGCAUUAGUGAUGUUGGAGAUUAUGAAGGUAUCAAGGUUAAAAUUGCAAAUGCCUACAUUAUCAAGGAGCAUUUUGAGAAAGCAAUUGAACUGAAUCCCAAGGAUGCUACUUCGAUUCAUCUUAUGGGUAUUUGGUGCUAUACAUUUGCUGAAAUGCCUUGGUAUCAAAGAAGAAUUGCUAAAAUGUUGUUUGCAACUCCUCCUAGUUCCACCUAUGAGGAGGCAUUAGGUUAUUUUCACAGGGCUGAACAAGUGGAUCCAAACUUCUACAGCAAAAACUUGCUGCUUUUAGGAAAGACAUACCUGAAGCUACAUAACAAAAAACUUGCUGCUUUGUGGCUACUGAAAGCCAAGGACUAUCCUGCACACACAGAAGAAGAUAAACAGAUACAGACAGAAGCUGCACAGUUGCUUACAGGUUUGUGACAAGAAUGGAUAACUUUUCAGAGAAGACAAUAUGUAAAAUACCUAACAGAUACUGCCUUUUCAUUGAAUUAUAAAGAUAAUACA